GUGCGCGCGAACACCCUCCCGCUGCAGCCGGUCCCGAUCCCGCGGAUGCGCGGGGGUUGCACCGAGGCCCACGGGCUGGAGGUGCUGUGCUGGCCCGGGGCGGGGGGUGCGGCGAGCCUGGGUGCGGCGAUCGGGUCACGUGGUUCCGGGGCCGGCGUGUCCGAGACCUUGGUGCUGGGUGGAACUGCAGGAUGAUGGUGAAGGCGGCCGCUUCCUUCUGAAGAUAAAUGUGAGAGCUGCCACUGAGAGCUGUCAUGUUAUCCAGGAAACUGCCAAGUCCAUAGGUCCUGGUUUCUCACACAUGAGCCUCCCCUUGCAAGAUAAGAAAGGAGUUCCUGGAGCCAAGAACCCAUCCCCAGCGUCCGAGACCCAGCACGACCUCACACCAGAGCUCUGGGGCACGAGCAGAGGAAGCGAGGCAUAGAAAGAGCUCGGACUUGCUGAUCACCUCACACGGGAAACAGAAAAUGACCGCGUCACAGGAGUCAAUCUCAUUUGAACAUUUAUCUGUGGACUUCACCCAGAAGGAGUGGCAGCUGCUGGACCCCUGUCAGAAGGACUUAUACAAGGAUGUCAUGUUGGAGAACUACAGCAGCCUGGUGACACUGGGGUAUGAAUUUAUGAAACCUGAUGUCAUUUUCAAGUUGGAACGAGGAGAAGCACCAUGGAUAGAAGAUGGAGAAGGUCCAAGUUCAGACCCUCCAGAACAAGACUUUCAAGUAAAUAGUCACAUGAUGUGGAACCAGGAUAACCAAGGGAAGCCUAAAAAUACGAAACAAGAUUAUGAAUGUGAUGCAUUUGGAAAAAAUUUCAAUCAGAGCAUAAACUUUGUUCCUUUAAGGAAAUCAAACAAUGAAGGUGAUGUAGAUGGAUUAACUUUAAAACGUCGUUUAGAUUUACUUCUUCCAAAAGCUGAUUAUGGAAAAAUAGAACGAGAUGACUUAAAUGCAUUUGAUAAAUUGUUUCUCCAUACCAAGCCUGAGGAAACUGAUGCUUGGUUAAAACACUAUGAGUGUGAUGAAUAUGAUAAUGUUAGCUAUAGGAAGUCACAGAUUAUCAUCUAUCACAGAAAUCGUUUAGGCGAGAAACUUUAUGAAUGCAGUGAAUGUAGGAAACGCUUCAGUAAGAAAUCCAGUCUCAUGAAGCACCAGAGCAGACAUAUGAGAGAGAUAGCCAUCGGCUGUGGUAAAUCUGACAAAACCUUUCUGCAGAAGUCACAGUUCAUUACACAUCACAGAACUCAUACCGGAGAGAAACCUUAUAAUUGUAGCCAGUGUGGGAAAGCCUUCUCCCAAAAGUCACAACUCACAUCCCAUCAGAGGACGCAUACAGGAGAGAAACCAUAUGAAUGUGGGGAAUGUGGGAAAGCCUUCUCCCGGAAGUCACAUCUGAUAUCACAUUGGAGAACACACACAGGAGAAAAACCCUAUGUAUGCCAUGAAUGUGGGAGGGCCUUUAGUGAGAAGUCCAAUCUUAUUAAUCAUCAGAGAAUUCAUACAGGAGAGAAACCUUUUGAAUGCAGAGAAUGUAGGAAAGCUUUUAGCAGAAAGUCACAACUCGUUACACAUCACAGGAUUCAUACGGGAACGAAACCCUAUGGGUGUAGUGAUUGUAGAAAAGCCUUCUUUGAGAAAUCAGAGCUCAUUAGACAUCAGACAGUUCAUACUGGAGAGAAGCCCUAUGAAUGCAGUGAAUGUCAGAAAGCAUUCCGAGAGAGGUCGAGUCUCAUUAAUCAUCAAAGAACCCACACAGGAGAGAAACCUCAUGGGUGCAUUCAGUGUGGAAAAGCUUUCUCCCAGAAGUCACAUCUGAUAUCACAUCAGAUGACACACACGGGAGAGAAACCCUUCGUAUGCGUUAAAUGUGGGAGGGCCUUCAGCAGGAAAUCCCAGCUGGUUCGACAUCAGAGAACUCACACGGGAGAAAAGCCCUAUGAAUGCAGUGAAUGUGGGAAAGCUUUCAGUGAAAAAUUAAGCCUCACUAAUCACCAGAGAAUUCAUACAGGAGAAAAACCCUACAUGUGCAGUGACUGUGGGAAAGCCUUUUGUCAGAAGUCACAUCUCAUAUCACAUCAGAGGACACACACAGGGGAGAAACCCUAUGAAUGCACCGAAUGUGGGAAAGCCUUUGGAGAGAAGUCAAGUCUUGCAACUCAUUGGAGAACCCACACGGGAGAAAAACCCUAUGAAUGCAGGGACUGCGAAAAAGCCUUUGCCCAGAAAUCACAGCUGAAUACUCACCAGAGAAUUCACACAGGAGAGAAACCCUAUGAAUGCAGUCUUUGUCAGAAAGCUUUCUUUGAGAAGUCAGAGCUAAUUAGACACCAGAGAACUCACACAGGAGAAAAACCAUAUGAAUGCAGUGAAUGUCAAAAAGCCUUCAGGGAGAAAUCAAGUCUCCUCAAUCAUCACAGAAUACAUACAGGAGAGAAACCGUUUGAAUGCAAUGAAUGUGGCAAAGCCUUCUCUCGGAAGUCACACCUGAUACCGCAUCAGAGGACACAUACAGGAGAGAGACCCUACGGGUGCACUGAGUGUAGGAAGGCGUUCUCUCAGAAGUCACAGCUGGUUAAUCACCAGAGAAUUCAUACCGGAGAGAAACCUUAUCAAUGCCAUGACUGUGGGAAAGCCUUCUCCCAAAAGGCACAGCUCAUUAACCAUCACAGAACCCAUACCAUAAAGAAGUCAUAGACAUGAAGUUAACAUAUGUCUUUGACAGAGACCUGGCGUUACUGUACUUCAGGAAAUGCAGUAUGGUAAAUCAGAUAAUGCUCACAUAUCAUUAUAUAUUUGAGUACUCUUUGGGCGGGGGGGAGGCAGGAGUUGUAAUUGAGGUUAUAUAGGGAAAGUUUCAGCAGAUUUAACAGUUUUAUAGAUCAGAAGUCAUAGAGUGGAAUGAGCCUAUGAAAUGCAGUGUGUUUUAAAAACCUUUCAAAUUAUAGUGAAACAAAAUACAGUACAAAAUGAACAGCAAAGGGGAAUACUAUGAAUAAUAGAAAGCCUUCUAGAGUGUAAAUUUCAUUACCUGUUAGAAACAUUGCCACUGGGGUUAAAUCCUAGUCCAGUGAGUAAACGAAUGGUGCAUUUGAGGUAAUCUUUUCAUCAAAAAAUUACAGCUCAGUGUACGUAAGAAAUUGCUGUAAGAAAUGAAGUUUGUGAAAAUAGGAAAUAUGGAACAGUCUUCAGCAAGUAAUGUAACCAUAUUGUAUUUUGGAGAAUUCAUAUUGUGGAUAACCUAACAAUUUAAAGACAUUGGCAAUGUGUGCCCCUAGAAAUAAUGCUAUAAAGGGAAGCCAUAUACUUUUUAUAGACAUGAGUACCAAAAAUCCCCAAUUCUAAGUGGUUCACAGGUUUUCACUCAGAAGUAUGAAGAUACAUGAGAAAACUGAAUAAUUGAAAAUUCUAAGUUAGGAAUUUCUUAGUGUAUUUGUGGGUUUUUUUGUCACAUAAGGUGUUUUGUAUGGUCAGUGCAUAUGACCAUGUAAUUAGGAGCACGAGAUGCACAUGCCUUGUAGGGCCGCGGAUGUCUGUCAAGACACCACAUGCCAGUGCUUUUCUGUCUUGCUGAUACUACAGAAAUGGUAACUAAUUAACAUAAUAUGCCUUAUUGCUCAACAAUAAUGAAACCACGUCUCUUUUCCCUAUGGUUUGUUGGUGUAUAACAGGAGUCUGUUGUUACUGACCUCACUUCAGUAUCAGAAGCCAACGUUUUAUAUAAAGUCUUCUGCGUCCUCAGAGUCUGAGUCAGUUUAUAUAAAAAAAUCCGGUUUAUAAGUGUUCAAAGGCACUACCACAGAAUUUCAAUAGUGACUCAUGAUAUGCUGAGUGAGCAAAAGGAAGGUGUGUGACCAUUUUACUCAGCAUUCAAACCAAGUGAUAGUAGAGCUGUACAAAAUCUUUAUUAUCAUUUUUUUUGUGAUGCCUCCAUGUAUAAAAUAUAUGUAAAGUGCUUUGUAAACUAAGUACAGUUUGCAUUUUAAUUUAUUAUGGUGGAACAUGGAUUCUGUGAGUUGCUAUUUUAGGUAUUUCAGAAAAUGUUAUAAAAUUAAUUUUCCAAAAUUUUUGUUUUUGGAGAUGAAGGGAAAGAGAGAUUGAUGUAUUUUUAUUUUCUUAGUUUUUUAAAAAAAUUGUGAUCGAUUGAUUUUAGAAGGAGGAAGAGAAAGGGAAAAACCAAUUUGUUGUUUGUUACUUGUGCAUUCACUGGUUGUUACACGUGCCCCUAGCAGAGAUCAAAGCUGCAACCUUGGCCUGUCGCGACGGCGCUCCAACCAGCUGAGCUACCUGCUCGGGACUAAGCAGAAGGCGGCUUUAGAGUGGCUUGCGUGCAGUUUCGUGGAGCACAGUACGUCACACUGAGACAGAAUUGUUGAGACAAAACAGGGAGCAUCAUUCCUGUUGUGUGUGUAUUAAUCCUAAUCUGAGGAUAUUUUUUUGCAUUGCUUUUUUUUUUUUUUUUAAGAAAGUGGAAGGAGGGAGGGGAGAGAUAGAGAAAUAUCUAUGUUAGGGAGAUACAUCCAUUAGUUGUUUCCCACAUUCUCCCUGAACAGGGUCAGGGUUGAACCUGCAACCCAGAUAUGUCCCCUUGAUUGGGAAUCAGACCCAAGACCCCUCCGUUUGAAAGCCGACACUCUAACCAUUGAGCAACAGGCUUAAUCAUUCCUCUUUUACUACCUAGGUUGUUCCACUGACCUGGAGACAAUUCUACAUUGGACAACUUCUGUUGCCUUCCUUUUAGUGAAUGGACCUGUUGGAAGUCUAGUCUAUGAAUUUUGUCUGUUGUAGUGCUUUCUCUUCAGCUUCCCUUUGUGUGCCGUGACUCUUCUGACAGUUAUCUCUGUGGAUCCAUAUGUUCCUGAUAUUUUCUGACAGAUAAUGUGAUGAAAUUUGGGGAGCAGGAUGUUUAUUGAGGAUCAAUAAACUCACAAUACUAGAUUUAUCUGUAUUAAAAAGCAGAAUGUAGGUCAGUAGUCAUUUAAUAUCUAUGCUUGGGACCACAGUAAUGUGUUAUGUCAUUUAUCCCAGCAAUAUAUACCCAGUUUGUCAAUUUCAUUGAGCUUGUUGGUUUACAAAUACAGAACAGUGCUACAAAAAACAAAAUAUGGUACCAAGCUUUCAGAUGUUCAUUAACUAGUCAUGACCUAAGUGUUGAUUAACGCAACCAUGACCCUUGCAACUGUAUGCAUAUUUCUUGCACCUUGCUUUCAUUCUUUUUUAGUCUAUUUUCACACUCAUACAUAGUUAUUUUAAGAUAUAAUUGUGAUUACACUUGUGCAGAAAUGUUGAAUAGCUAAUUGUGGACUUACGAAAGUGAAAUAUGGUCUAUCCCCAUGAGACAAAUACAUGCCUAUCCAUAAUUUCUGAAUACUUUACCUCUCCUCUUACUAUUUUUUGGCCUCCUUGAACUACUUGCAGUUCCUUGGAAUUAUAUUCUCAGAUGCUUUUUGCAAAUCUGCCACUGAAAUUCCCUUGUUUCUUAUUAAUGCCUCUCCACGCUUUAUGAGCCUAUAUAUGUAUUUGUCACUGUGAUAUAAUCAUCGCAUGUUUUAUCUUUCCCAUUAGAAAGCUGGAACAAUCCUGUCUAUAUAAUUUUAGCAACUGAAGCUUUAUAUAUAAAUGUGAUUGCUUAUCGUAGCUAUGUUUUCUACCACAUGGAGAAUUAUAAUCUGCAAUGAGAGGAAAAUUAAGCCACUGUGGAAGCAAAGGCAAGGGACAGUGCUGACUGAGUCCCAGAGUCUGGUUCUUGUCCUGAUAUGCAUUCUUCUCUGCCCAUUCUUGCCUUGAUCGCUGGGUUCUCCUGUGAGAUAUCACAGAUAUCCUCCUAAUAAAACGCCAUGUUUGCUUCAGGUGGUUCAAGUUGUGUUUCUUAUAAUA